AUGGCGGCGGGCGCGUCGGUGGUGGAGGCGCUGGGGCGGCUGUGGCAGGUGGAGGCUCCGCUGGGCAGCGGCUCCUCGGCCGCCGUCUUCCAGGCGCGCUGCCUCGGCGACCCCCGCGCGCCGCCGGCCGCCGUCAAGGAGUUCCUGCCGCCGGGGCCCGGGCUGCAGGCUGCGGGGAGCCCCGGCCAGGGCGGCGGCGGCGACUACGGCUUCCGCAAGGAGCGCGCCGCGCUGGAGGAGCUGCGGGGCCACCGCAACAUCGUGACCCUCUACGGGGUGUUCACCAGCGGCUGCCCCGCCAAGGGCCCCUCGUGCUGCCUCCUGCUGGAGCUGCUGGACGUGAGCGUGUCGGAGCUGCUCGUGCACUGCAACCCGCACGGCUGCUCCAUGUGGGUCACGCAGCACUGCGCUCGCGACGUCCUGGAAGCCCUGGCCUUCCUCCGCCACAAGGGCUACGUGCACGCUGACCUGAAGCCGCGCAACAUCCUGUGGAGCGCCGAGCACGAGUGCUUCAAGCUCAUCGACUUUGGGCUCAGCUUCAAGGAGGGCAACCAGGACGUGAAGUACAUCCAGACCGAUGGCUACCGGGCCCCCGAGGCCGAAGUGCAGAAUUACCUCUCCCGAGCCGGCAUUCCAGGGGGCACGGAAUGCUCGUCCGCUGUAGAUCUCUGGAGCCUCGGGGUAGUGUUGCUGGAGAUGUUCUCGGGAACGAAGCUGAAGCACAUCGUCCAGUCCCAGGAAUGGAGGGCGAACAAUCCUGCCAUCAUUGACCACAUCUUUGCCAGUAAAAGCACGGUCAGCCCGGCAAUCCCGGCCUAUCACCUCAGAGACCUCCUGAAAAGCAUGCUUCAUUCCGACCAGGAGAAGAGGGCGACCGCGGCCCAGGCGCUGGGCAGCCCGUUCUUCAGCAUUCCCUUCGCUCCCCAUAUUGAGGACCUGGUGAUGCUUCCAACCCCAGUGCUACGAUUGCUGAAUAUUUUGAGUGAAUCGUCUCUUCAAAGCGAAGAGGAAUUUGAGGGUGAGUGUGCUCUCCGUUGUCCUGCAACUGCUCCUUCUGAGGUCCCUGGUGGAACGGGCCGGCUGGGUGGGGGCCACACAAGACAGAAGACGACCAUGUCCAAUGCUUUCCUGCUCCAGAGUUUGAGAAACUUCUCGAGAGUUUCUCAGACUCUGGAGAAAAAAUGUCUUGCUUCAGUCUGACUCUGGUAUCCUUUAACUGACCUAUAAAAGGCCACGAGCAUUGGAACAGCUUCCUGUAUUUUUCUCUCCCAUAAAAUUAA